AAAGCACGACAGAGUUAAAAGGAAACAGGGGCAGGGCAGAUGGAGUUGUGGUUGUGGACCGAUGAAAGUAGGAUAUAGAGGCAAGACCACCUCCGCUGGAACUAGUUUUAAUUAAGAUGAGAUGCAUGUGAUGUAUCUUUCGCUUUUACAAUCACAUCUUCAAAGCAAAGUUCCAGGAUAAAUAAUGGGCCUACCCGAUCGCUUUAUUGACAGGGAAAAUCCCCAUUAGAAAAAGGAAAAGCAGCAAAAGGGAAAAGAAAAGCUACAAGGAAAAAGCUCAUAUAGAGUGAAAGGAGAGGAUAUGGAGGAGGCGAUGAUGAUGAUCAGCAGCCCAGAUAAUCCCAGCAAUGUGACCAUUCCUCAAGAACACAUCACCACCACCACUUGCCCUAGCUGGAAACUUUAUGAGAAUCCUUUUUAUUAUUCUCACCAUCAUCAUCAUCAUCAACAACAACAACAACUAUGCCAAAGUAGCAAGCAUCCACGUCAAGUAAACUUCCCUCUCUCAGCUCGAAAGAUCGCAGCCUCUUUCUGGGAUCUGACCUUCUUCAAACCAGUUAUGGAAUCUGAACUAGAUAUUGCUCGAGCCCAGAUCAUUGAGUUGAAAGCUGAGGUAGAGUAUGAGCGUAAAGCACGUAAAAAGGUAGAGUCACUCAAUAAGAGAUUGGCUAAAGAACUUGCUGAAGAAAGAAGGGGAAGAGAAGCACUGGAGAGAGUAUGUGAAGAGCUUGCAAGAGAAAUUUCAUUGCAUAAAGCAGAGAUUGAUCGAAUGAAGAAGGAAUUCGAGGAGGAAAGAAAGAUGCUAAGGAUGGCUGAAGUUUUAAGGGAAGAGCGAGUUCAAAUGAAGCUGGCCGAGGCCAAGAUUCUCUUCGAGGAGAAGUUACUAGAAUUGGAGGAAACUAAACGUACACAAACUCACACUUCAAUUUCCAGGAUCGAGCGGAAGAAUAAAGAAGAUAAAACAGCAUCACUCUCUGCCAAUCUUUCAGGGAAGUUUUCAAGGUUAGUUUUCAGUGAGAAAUCUUGUGAUUAUAGUAACAUCGGUGUUGAUUCAGGAGAGUCAACAAGAUUUGCAUUGAGCGAAAAGUCAUCAUCCUGUUACGAUAACAUAAGUAGUGGUGUCUCUUCAUCCUUGGCAAUUCAGCGCAAAGUAUCUCCAGAACCUGAAAAUCCUCACAUAAAGCGAGGGAUCAAAGGAUUUGUCGAAUUUCCAAGAGUAGUUCGAGCAAUUGGAUCAAAGAGUAGGCAUUGGGGUACAAAGCUGGAGUGCCAAAAGGCUCAGUUAAGGAUUCUACUCAAGCAGAAAAGCCCCAUCCGAUCAAAUAGUCUUAUUAUGAGUUGAAGGAUUCGAAAUUGGAAAGUGUUGGUAUGGAUCUCAGCAAAAAAGCGUUGGAAACUGCACAAAAUUUCAUUGCGAAGGCUGAAUUUUUAAGUUAGUAAUAGACAUCUGCACAUGGACUUUAUUGCCAAGCUGUUCGUGGAUCUUGACAUGGAUAAAAGUAAUGAACAUUUUCUCGCACAAACUUUAGGCAGGGACAACGAUAAAGCAAAAAUUGUGCAAGGGUUACGAGAUGCUUAAGGAACAGUGGCAAUCUAACAUGGAAUCUAACUUAGCUACAGAAGUAGCUGAGUGUAACGCGUGUCCCGAGGGUUUUGACGAUUCAGAGGGUCAUUUGGACAUUUCCCUAUAUCAUAUUCAGGCGAAGGAGAAGGAAGGGGGGCAGGAUAGAGGAGAGAGAAGAGGGUUCGAGGCUGAUAGAGGAGAAAGGGGCAGAGCUAGCGACAGAGCACAUGGAAGCGUUUAUGGGUUCGGGGAGAGGAGAGUUCUUCGGGCUGCUGCUGCUGGAAAGGGGAAGAGUGGAGGGUUGGUUGGUUCAGGUUGCAGAGGAGGGAGACAGCGAAAGGGGGUGCGAUCUGACGAUCGAGCCGGUGAGCUCCUUCUUCUCAAAAUCACCACCAUCUAAUCUACGGCAUUGAAUUAAAUAAAGAGUAGAUUAGAGGCAAAACAAUGGCGGCUUUUCAUAGACUAGAGUAAGUUUUGCUUUGCUUCAAACAACAACAAGUCACUGUUACCCAAGAAUUAUCAUGGAAUGUGGACAAACACAAUUGUGGUUAAAGACCAUAGAUAUUUGGACUUGUUGACAUCUCCAGAUCAUUGCCUUUUAUUUGAGAAAGUAAUACUAGUCAACCAAAAUUUUGUGAGACCCUAACGAGCAGAUCCCUUCCAAAGAGGUUAUUCAUCGAAAAUUUAUCCAAAACUUUAGUGACAAAUCGAGUGUAAAUGUAAUAAUCACAAGACAAAUAUGUAGCCAAACAAGGAAA